GCUCCCCACAACCUCUACCCUUUUUUUUUUCCCACUCUUCUUUGACUUGCCCCCAUUUCAUUUUCUGAAAUUUCACCCCAACUCAUCCAUCGCGCUGCUGUGCGAUUGUUCCGCACUUGCACCACCGCCGCCGCCGUCGUCCAAAAUCCCGCACCUGUCGGCGUUUUCCCCAAUCCAGCCCCAGCCAAGUCCUACUCAACCCAAACCAGGCAGCGGCUCACUCUUCCUUCCACAACAACAGCUACUCCUCCAUCAUCGCUCUCGUUUGCGUCCGCUGAGCUGCUGCCACAUCAGCUUCCGUUCGCUUACGUCCCUCUUCGCCGACGAGCUCAGCUUCACGCCGCAUUGAAACCGCAGCACUCCACUCCUGCUCCUGCUCCUGCUCCCUCGCCCGCUCCUUCCUCCUCCUCCUCCUCAAUCCAGAGCAAGUCGUGCUCCCGCCGCCAGCUGCUCUGCGCAUCGACUGCCAAGGCCAACCGCUUCGCCCGUGCCGCUCGCUCGCUGUUGCUCUUCAAGUCCGACGACGGCAACGACGGCCGCUUCUUCCUCCGCGCAGCACCCCCCACAACUGUCACUGCUGCUGCUGCUGCUGCGUGCCAACUCACAGCGACUGUCACUGCGUCUGCGUCUGCAUCUGCCGCAGCAAUGGGCCAAUCACUCUCGCAAAUCUACUGGCCAACGUCAUCGGCCGCAAUGGCCAAGGCCGAGCAGGAGCUUCUCGCCAAGGUCCACGCACAGACGCCAUUCCAAGUCAGGGACAUUGACAUUGAUGCUACGUCAGCGUCCACGGCGGCGGGGACUCAGGCUGCCGCAAAGUCAUGCUCAAAGUCCAAGCCGCUGAGAACAAUCCACACUCUGAGCUUUAACGCCGAAACCUCGCAACGGGAAGCCAACCACAAGUGGACACUUCACAAUAGCCGCAAGCGUGUCGUGGUCCUCACGCAUGGAUUUGGCGCAGGCGUUGGCGUGUUUUACCGAAAUCUGCCGGCGUUGGCUUCCACGCCCGGUCUCACCAUUCAUGCCAUUGACUGGCUCGGCAUGGGCGGAUCGUCGCGCCCGCCAUUCCUUGCCAAGAACGCCGACGAAGCAGAGAACUUUUUCGUAGAGUCUCUGGAGCUGUGGCGUCAGCGCAUGGGCAUUGAGAGCUUUGUGCUGUGCGGUCACUCGCUCGGAGGUUUCCUGUCUGCCACGUAUGCACUCAAGUAUCCCCAUCGUGUCACUAAGCUUGUCCUCAUUUCUCCUGUCGGUGUGCCAAAGAGACCCGAGGUGCCCGCCUUCGAAUCCCGCCUGCGCGCAUCGCGACCCAUGCUGGCUGCCAUCAUUGAGCGCAUGUGGAGCUCCAAUGUCACUCCUCAGUCUCUUGUGCGUGCCGCUGGUCACUUUGGACCGGCCCUGGUCAGGUUUGCUGUCGGUCGUCGGUUUGACCUCCCGCCGGACGAGCGGCUCUUGCUGCAAAAUUACCUGUAUCACAUCAGCGCCGCGACUGGAUCCGGCGAGCUGGCCUUCAAUACUAUUCUCUCGUUUGGCGCCUGGGCUCGCAAGCCACUGCUCGACCGGCUGCCGGGAUUGGUCAUGCCGACCACUUUCAUGUACGGUCUGUAUGACUGGAUGGAUUAUCGGCCCGCUGCGGAGGCGCAACGUCACAUGUCGGUCAAGACCAACAUUAUCACGAUUGGAGGCGGUGGACAUCAAAUGUACAUUGAAGACCCCGUUGAAUUCAACGCACAGUUGAUCAACGAGUGUUUGAGCUCUCCGUUGGAGCCUGCAGUCAGUGUGCCCCCAGUUGUUUCCAGUGCGGCAUCAUCCACAGUGCCUGAGUCUGACCUGCACGGUCACCCCACCUUCCAACCCCAACCCAUCGCCGUUGUGAGUUAAACUCUGUUCCACCACUAACUCGUGUGCAAAUACUAUCGUAUUGUGUGUUUGUUUUGUUUUUGCGUUUGCAUUCGAUGAAGCUGUGUAAACUUUUGUUUUCAACAAAUAUUGUCUUAUCGUUGACCCAA